AUGUCACACUCAGAAGACAACGACCAACCACUCAACUUCGGCUCCGACCUCAGUAUUAAGGCAUGCAUUCAAAACUGCCUGGGUGGGGAAUUCUGUGACUGUGAUCACCACCGAGAAAACUUCGACGACCCGGGGGGUCAGCCGGCAUCCGCUCCCUAUCAACAACCCACCGCCCGCGAGCCCCUCCUUUCCGUCGCCUCGUCCGCACAGGGGCCAAGCCAGCCGCGGCAGAUCGUUCAGCAGUACCAGCCAGUGCGACCGAUGAACUAUGGCUCAAACUCGUACGCGGGACAAGGCAAUCCUCGAAACCAUGCCGGCCACGGUGGGAGCUAUGCUGGUCAUCCUGCGAGUGAGGGCGGCUACCUUACAACCUACGGCGGCGUGUUCAUAGCUCCGCAACACCCUCCCGGAUUCACCACGCAGGGCUCAUCGUACCAAGAGGGCAGAGACGUCACCCCCCUCCAGGAGUCUCGGGGCUGGUUUCGGGAUCAUGCAGGGCGUCUCUACAACGGCCUGGGUGAACAUAUCAACGAACGGGGUGAGGUUAUUCAGCCCGCUGCCUCCAGCGUGCCGCAAUCGUCUCCGAGAUCUGGCUUGUCUGGUGAUGAAUCUGGCAGAACCGCGCCGUCGCAUCGUUCAGACUCGAGCGCUCAUGGCUCCCGAGCUGGUUCUCAUCAUGGCCAUCAUCAUGGGAACAAACAGAAGAAUCACUAG